AUGUCAGGAAAUCAGCAGCACCUUCUCCGGCUGGUCAUCUCCUGCCGGAAAAUAACAGCACAGGUAACAAAUCCGACGACUUCCACAAUAAUCGCGAUGGCUUCUUCCUCCGAACGAGAAUCAUUCCUAUCUCACUACCGCAACACUUCCCUCUCUAUCUUCCCUCGCCAAUCUUGGGACUCAAAAACGGCGUCGCGUGUUGGGGAGAAAUUAGGAUUUAGAUUAAAAGAAAUUGGAGUUAAUAAUAUUUAUAUCGAUUUAUAUGAAGAGUUGUCAAGGCCGAUUCAUUAUAGAAAGCGUGUGUUGCCUUUGUUUGAUUCGGUGAAACGCGUUGGCAUUGAAGUUGACGGAGUUGAGAAGCUAGGAGAGAUCGGUCCUGCUUGA